AUGCCUUCUGGGCCGCCUAUUCGGCUUAGUACGGAUGUCUGUGUUCUAAGUACACAGCGGUCACUACAGCCUGGUCGAUUUACAAACAUUUAUUUCAUUUCGGCUACACAUCAGCUUUAUGUAGUCACUUGUUCACGUGUCCGCGUCUCCUCCUCGACUCCGAGAAUCCAGACGACGGUCAAGAGUAAAUCAAUCACCCCCACAACCACCAUCUCCUGUGGUGCGGCCAACACCGAGAGAGCCCCGGGUGGCGAGCGCUGGAACUGGCGGAACUGCUGCGUAGCCGAGGCCGCCCAAACGGGAGGGCUGGCGGGGCUCGCGGGAGCCGGAGCUGGGCGGCGGGGUGGCCACCGAGACGCAGCGACCUGCGGGGUCCUAGAGAGGCCAGGAAAGCUCCUGGAAGACCGCGGGGCUCAGGCGGCUGACGAACUUCCGGCCUUCACGGCCGCUUGGUUGCCAGGGCGCCGCUACCCGCCGCGGCCCUGGAGCCUCCCUGGACCCGAGUGGCCAGAUCCAGUCACGUGGUUGAGCACAGACUCCCAGUGGGAAGGCGCUGGAAAGAGUGAGGAGGCCGGGCGGUUAUGUGCCACAUGCUUUUCUCCAGAUUCUGGACAGAGGUGUGUGCUCUUCAAGAGCAGGCCAGGGAGCCUUGCAUCCGCUUCCCUCGCCCGGGCUGGGGCGAGCCUUCUGAGCAGGAUGGCUUCGGCGGAGGAGCAGCCCGGACUUAGAGCCGUGAAGGUGGAGGAGGACCGUGUCUGGGACCAGGAGACCUUCCUUCGAGAGAGCGGCAUUUCUACUCAGGAGGCCUCCCGCCAACUUUUCAGGCACUUUUGCUACCAAGAGUCCCCCGGGCCCCGCGAGGCGCUCCGCCGACUCCGCGAGCUGUGCCGCCAGUGGCUGCGGCCCGAGACGCACAGCAAGGAGCAGAUCCUGGAGCUGCUGGUGCUGGAGCAGUUCCUGACCAUCCUGCCCGAGGAGCUCCAGGCCUGGGUGCGGGGACAGCACCCGGAGAGCGGGGACGAGGUGGUGACGGCGCUGGAGGGUCUGGAGAGGGAGUUCAGUGAGCCUGAGAACCAGGCCCCAGACGAGGCCCCUGGCCACUCAGAAGUGCUGUCAGAGGAUGGGGUGCAUGUGAAGGCCAAGCAGGAAUCAAGAGCCAUCCAGCUUCAGGCCACGGUGACACAGCUCAAGUGUGAAUCUCUUGGUCCCCACAAAUUUGGGGAACAAGGUGCUGACGUUGCACCAGAAGGCCAGGCGUCGGCCGCGCGGCAAGAAGUUUUGAAGGAAAUGGAACGUUUGGGAGACAGCCGACUCCAAAGAGACGCUCCCCUGGCCUCGCAGUGCCGGGAAGCGUGGAAGCGGGAGAGCAGGGCGGGGAAGCCGAGGGGACGCGCCGCCGGAGAGCGAGCGCACAGGUGCGGCGAGUGCGGGAAAGGCUUCGCUCAGCGCUCGGUCCUCGCUCAGCACCAGAGAACCCACAGCGGGGAGAAGCCCUACGAGUGCGAGGAGUGCGGGAGGGCCUUCAGCCAGCGCUCCGGCCUGGCCGAGCAUCAGCGGAGCCACACCGGGGAGAAGCCCUACGUGUGCGGCGAGUGCGGGAGGGCCUUCGGUGCCAGCAACGGCCUCAUCAGACACAGGAGGAUCCACACGGGGGAGAAGCCCUACGGCUGUGAGGAGUGCGGGCGAGCCUUCCGCCUGAGCGCGUACCUCGUUCAGCACCAGCGGAUCCACACGGGGGAGAAGCGCUACCGCUGCGGCGAGUGCGGGAAGGCCUUCAGCCAGAACGCGGGGCUCUUCCAGCACCUCCGCGUCCACACGGGGGAGAGGCCCUUCCAGUGCGGCCAGUGCGGCAAGCGCUUUAGCCGGCGGACCCUGCUCGCCAAGCACCAGAGGAGCCACACGGGGGAGAGACCGUUCGCGUGUGACGAGUGCGGGAAGGCCUUCGGCCACCACUGCAACCUCAUCAGGCAUUUUAGAAUCCAUACCGUUGCCAAACCGGACUAAUUCCCCGGACCCCCGGACCCCCGGACUCCUAGAGGGGCCGUCUUGGAAAGUCGGCUUUUCACGUGGCUCAUUUGGUUUUGGCCAAAUUUACGGUGCUCCGGAACGAGUCGCUCGUCUGCAGACUCGGUGCCGGGGUCUCGUGGUGAACGGCCGUGGUUGUGGGCGGUUCCGGGCACCCCCCUUCUUCCCUAUCCUUUGGUUCGUUUCUAAUGAUUUCCCUCAAGAGAGACCGAAAUCACCUGGAAAUAAAUGGCUGCGGAGGGGCUGUUCUUGGGUGAUACUGAAUACUGAACAACUCUGAAAAACUGGUUUCUGUGUAUGUGUAUACGUUUUAAAGAUUGGGUGAAUCCAGGCGCGCCGGGGGCCUCAGUAUACUCUUUGAAGAUUAGGUAAAUCCAGGGGUGCCUGGGUGGCUCCGUCGGUUAAGCGUCCGACUUCGGCUCAGGUCAUGAUCUCGCGGUUCGUGAGUUCGAGCCCCGCGUCGGGCUCUGAGCUGAUAGCUCAGAGCCUGGAGCCUGCUUCGGAUUCUGUGUCUCCCUCUGUCUGCCCCUCUGCUGCUUGCACUCUGUCUCUCGCAUUGUCUCAAAAGUAAAUAAACAUUAAAAAAAAAAAGACUAACUCAACACAAACCUUGAAACACUUAAGCCAGCUCUCAAAAACUGUGCAUUGUGAUUCAGAAAAGAAACGAUACCAUCUAAUGAAUACAGGUGGCAUUGUGAGCAUGCUGGGACUCCCUAGGAUGUUAAAUGCCCCUGCGGACAUUCUCAUUAUACUGGUCUCCACAGUCAAAAUCUGAGGCAGAAUUUCUAAAAUGAGGAAGUAAAAGUUCAGCUUUAAAGUAUACUGUGCUAAACCUUUGUUUUUGAAGUUUAUUACUAAAAAAUUAGAAUGUG